UCCCCUCUCUGAAAAUGGGAACCGUGACAGCGAUAGCCACCUUGUGGGAAUGCCGCCAGGUGUCAGGAAGAUGCCCUGGCACCCCGAACUGUGGAUCCACCCUCCAAGGGUCGGGAGCCCGAGCACACACCCCAUCAUAGAAUCCAUCCUUUCCCGCCUGGCCUGAGCUCACAGCCUGCAGCCCCGAGAGCACGCGUGCAGAUGAGAGAGGAGGGCGUAGGCACUGAGCACAGGCCCAGGCCCGCGGGCCACGCGUGGGCCAUGCCAGCUGUGCCCCCCCCGCUUCCCUGCCGAGGAGGGGCUUGCCGGGCAUCCUAUCAGUGACCCUCGUGUCCUGGCCACUGGCUACUCCUGAACUGAGCCUGCAGGCCAGACAGGCAUAUAGGGCCUUGGCCCCAUCAGUGCCACCCUCAGUUGGCUCUCUGGAUUUCCCCCGUUGCCCCCCCCUCCAGCCCCCAUGCCCCGGCUCCGGCCCCAGGACCAAAAGCGCUCAUUGGUGGGACGAGCCAGCUUAAGGUUAGUGUCGGGGUCUCCUGCACCCAGCCUGAGGCCAGGGGGAGAGCAGUCCAAGAAGGCCUGUGGGUCGAUGGGAUGACGCGCUCCGCUCCUUCCUGCCCUGGUCCUCGUAGAGGGAGAGGAAAGUAGCCCAGGCCCCUGUCAUCUCUUGAAAAGAUAAGGACCCAUCCAUCUUGCUCCUUCCCCCACCCGGGAGGGGGCGAGGGCCCUACCCUGGCCAAGCCACCUGGGCCCCCGGGCCACACCCCGCACCUGCUCUCAACGCCCGGCCACCAGCAGGCCUUGCGCAAGUGGGAGUGAGGCGCCCAUCCAUCUCUUUCGGCCUCCUCCUCCUCCUCCUCCUCCUCCUCCUCCUCCUCCGCCGGCCCUGACCCCUGAGCCGGGUUUCCUGGCCUCGUCCAGGGACAGCUUCUCCCAUGACGCGAUCGAGUCGUCGCUCCAGGCCUCAGGGCGAGAUAAAAGGACUGUGCUGACAGGGGACGGAGGGAGCAUCGGAAUGGCCUUCAGGGCACAGGCGCGAGGGUGGCGGGCCGGGCCCUGGCUGGCCUUGAGCAGGGCACCCACACUGGGCACCCGAGCCGCUCCGGCCCCCAGGGCGGUGCUGCCCUUCGAAGCCGUGCCCCGCUGUCCCGGCAACAAGUGGAUGCGGGUGCUGCAGAUCUGGAGGCAGCAGGGCUCUGAGAGCCUCCACCUGGAGAUGCACCGCACCUUCCAGGAGCUGGGGCCUAUUUUCAGGGCUCCCCGGACGGUGACCCGAGAGGCAGAGGGCAGACGGCCGAGGGCGGACGGCCGAGAGGGAGAGGCUUCCCCGGUUAGACGGCGUAGGAGCCCGAGCUCGAGCCCCGUCCACGGCCCAGGAGGACGGAGAGGCCAACGGGAGCCAGGCCAGUGGCUCUGCACGGGGAGCCCCAGGGAGGCCCCGGCCCCCCAGCAGGGCUCUGAGGUCUCUGUUCCUCAGAAAUAUUUGCCCGCCUACUAGUACGAGAGGUCCCACAGUGGCUCUUUACUCGUGUAGCGUACCCUUUGGGCUGCAAAAUAUCCUGGAAUUCGAUGGUGGGGAUGACUGCACAGCAUUGUGAAUAUACUCGCCAACACUGAAUUUCAGCCUUUCAAAUGCUCAAUCUUAGGUUAUGUCAAUUCUCUGUAAGUGAGAAUCAGGUAUAAAAAUGGAGGAGAGAUGAGGGCAAAAGAAGGAGAACGUUUUGUUCCCUUCACAUCUCUUUAGUGACAGCAGCCCAGAAGUCUCCGUCACGUCAAGGUGCUCGGCAGCGGCCCUGAGCUCCUUACCCUCCUCAGAGGUCAGCAUCGGGGAGUCCUUCUC